ACGUCAUGGCAGAUACUUGUUCUUAGUUUUGCCUUAACAACACAUUCCUCCCAAGGUAGCUCGGCCUGCCCUGAAUCCUUAACAAAGAAUUUUCCUAAUUCAGUCGUACACAUGUGCACAGAUGAAGUCAUCAGAGAUGUUAACAGAAUAUUCCUUGACGCGUUUGUACCAGUCAACACAGAAACCACCUGCAACUGCUCUCUUCACGCAUCACAACACAACGAAUAUCGAGAUAUCUACCGUCAAACUUCCAGACAUGAACUGUGAAUCAACAUUAACUAUAGACACACAGAGUUUGACGUAUAGUUGUGUAAAUGAUAACAAUUCAGUCGGGUACGGAACAAAUAUUGGACUAAAUAUCGUUCAAGCUAGUAACCUGGUUCAGCUGGAAACAAGCAGUAUCUCCAUAAACAUCACUUACUGCCUUAAUAUCUACAGUAAAGGACAUGGAGGUUCUUUGAUUCUUCAGUGUUUUUCUCCAAGUGGUAGCUCGAUGUCUAGCUCAACCCGGCCAGACGACAAAACCACUUUAUUUAGAUCUGCAACACGGAGUUCAACACCAACUAAGUCGACAAAUUCGGCGAAAAUAGAUAUGACCGUGUUACCACCAACAGAGUCGACCAAAUCAGGGAAAGUAGAGCCAACAACGUCCACGAUAACAGAUACAACAGUGUAUGGAGAGAAGACGAACAAACAAUCAAGCGCAGAUGAUUUCCCAGUUCCAGCUAUAGCAGGUGGUGUCGGUGCUAUUGUGGUAAUUGCUGUAGUGGUCAUCGUCGUUGUCGUCUUUGUCAAAAAGAGACGCAACAAGAAACAUCCGGACAACGAUGGAGACUAUUGCAACAUGGAUGCAGAUCCUUACAAAUACCAGAACACCAAGUCAUCUGGAAGACAUUCAGGUGUUUCAGCAGACCAAAACCAGACUGUCAGCCAGACGAUUCGCUCUCCGUCAGACGACUAUGCAUCUAUUGAUGACGAAGCUGGAGGUACUACUCGGAAACCGCAGGUCGCCAUAAAACCAAACCUACCUAGCACAAGUAGGCACGGCGACUUACUACCAGAACCUGACCACGUUGACGUGUCUAACAUGUACGCCAAGGUUAACAAAAACAAGAAACCGGCCAAAUCUGUGAAUGAAGCCGCCAUGCCGAUUACGCACGUCAAUGAGCUCUAUGCUGUGGUUAACAAAACUAAAAAGACAAAACCAUCUUUGAAGGCUAAACCUUCUGGUGAUGUGUACGCCGUAGUAAACAAACAGAAGAAGUCAGGCAGGAAGAGUUCCGAAUCUAAAGGUCAAACUCCUGAGUCUGAUGUACCCGGUGAUGUCUAUACUGAAGUUCGGAAACCGAAGAAGUCGAACAUCCCUUCACCAGGAGCCACAGGUGGAGAUGACGAUAAGACAGACUCGGUUGCAACAGUGGAGGAUCGUGUUCUUUAUUCUAAAGUUUGUUAACUAGUUCCUCUCCCCAUCCUUAAGCGUCAGACUUGCUGCACUUAAAUAACACUCUCGUCCCUGGCAACUUCUGAAAUGCCAACAUUGGUACUAAUAGUAACG